CAGGAGAGCAGGAGAUGACAGCCCGAUGUUGACACAGAAGAGACUGGGCAUAAGAAAACCCCGUGAGACCAGCCGGUUGUGCAGACCUGGGCCUUGGGGGCUCGGGACCCCAUGAGACUCAUCCCUGGGCCCCCAGGCUUGACUCUGUGGCCAGCAGCGGCCAAGCCGUGGGGCGCAGCAGACCCCGGGACCCUCCCGCCACGGCCUCCAGGGCACCGUCGGGGCCGAGCUGCUGGAUCCUGCGCUUGGGUCACAGCAACGCCAUGCAGUGCUACGGGCCUGGGGAGGAGUGACCUAAGAGCUGUUCGGCGGAGAAGGAUUCGAGGGGACUGGCUGACAGCCCGUAUGAGCGAGCGGUGCCCAAGUGGCAAAGAACGACAGUGGCAUCUUGGCCUGUAUCAGGAAUAGUGUGGCCAGCAGGACCGGGGCAGUGGUAGUGCCCCUGUGCUUUGCAAUGGUGAGGCGGCACCUCCCAGUGCUGUGAUCUGUUUCUGGGCCCCUCAGUUUAAAAGAAUAUUGAUAUGCUGGAGAGUGUCCAGAGAAGGGAAACAAGGCUCUAGAAAACCUGUUUUACAAAGAACGCCUGAGGGAGCUGGGGUUGUUUAGUCUCGAGGAGGGUCGGGGGACCUCACUGCUCUCUACAGCUGCCUGAAGGGAGGUUUUGGGAGCCGGUCUCUUCUGCCUUGCCUACUGUGACAGGACUAGCGGGAAUGCCCCUAAACAGAGACAGGAGACGUUCAGAUGAGACAUUAGAAAAAUAUUUUCCACCGCUAGGGCGGUCAAGGAUUGGAAUAGAUUUGCCAAGGAGUUGGUGGAGUCGCCAUCCCUGGAAGUGUUCAGGAGGCGUCCGAAGGGCAGCGCUGGGCGAUGUGGUUUAGGGGGGACUCUCCGAUUCCACGCAGGCGGCGCUGUGACGGGCGGGCGGCGGCGCCGCGCCUGCGCGAGAGCGGCCGCUUCCUGCGCGGUGCCGGCAUGGCGGGAGCGUUCCUGAUGGAGAUCAGGCGGGCGACGCAGAGCGCGCUGCUGGUUAUCCGCGAGGCGGCGGAGCUCCCCAGCGCGCCGGUGGAGGUGUCGGUGGGCGCGGAUUCCCUGGAAGUGAGGAGCGGCGGGAGCUGCGAUGCGGCGGCGCUGCCGGCAGGGGUCAGCCUGGCGCCGUCCUCGUGCCGCGGGCUCCGGCGCCUGCGCGGGGACGGGCUGCACCUGCGCGUGCGCCUGCGCCGCCCGCCGCCCACCGCCGAUGUGGUUUUUACUUUGAGGGAAAGCCUGAAACCCAACAAGAAUUUAAUCUUUUACUGUCAGUCCUGUGGGGACAUCGUAGUGAACGACCGCAAAUUUCUCAGAGUUCUUCCUCUACCGAGUGAAAACUGGAGUGAUUUAGUUGAAGAGUGGUGUUGUCACCCCGACCCCUUUGCCAGAAGAACUUUGCACCCUCAGCAUGGUGACUGUUUUGUUGGAGACACUUUUCUUCUGUUGAAUUCAAAAAAUGAAUCACAUGUGCCUGAAUCUCCCAUGUGCUGCUCAGAGGCUGAACACCAUGUUUCGCAGAGUGAUUCGAACUUGAAGUCAAAAGAAAAUACCAGAGUAAUUUGUAAGCGCUGCAAGACAUUGCUGGGAGAAACAGUUUCAUCAGGUACCACUAAAUAUUAUGUCACUGAGGUGAUUAUUCAGUCAGCUGAGGGAAGUUUCAGUCCAACACCAAGGUCUCAAUUUGUACAGAGCAUUGUUGCUCAGUGUCUUUUGGAAUUAUCCUCUGCUAAAAGCACAUUUAGAUUCACCAUAAAAGGAGAUAAUGGAAAAACCUAUAUUCUGAUCUGGCUUUUAAAUUCUGACACAUUGCUGGUAGAAUCUAUGGGAAGUUCCUCUUCCCACAGUGAUUUUACACUGUUUGGAGAUAUCCUUACACCUAGCUCUGGACCAGUGGGAUCCUGGAAUGCUCUCAAAGUCCUUUACCAGCCAUGCAUUCAAUGCAGAAAUAAAGAGCUUGCUGAUGCAUGGGAAGAUGAUAUGGGAGUUCAUCCUUUAAAGUUUCCAUCAGAAACAUGUUUGGAAUUAUUGUUGAUACUGGGUCUGAGUACCACAUCUCUGCCACCUUCACUUCGAUGCAUGAAUUCUUUUCAGGUUGCCUUUUUGAAGAUGUGAAGAACGAAGAUACCUGUGUUGAAAACUGUUGUUAGAUUUAUUUUCAGGAGAAAAGUGUACAGAUAACUUCCAGUAGUGGGACUUUCAGAAGAAAAUCCCCUGGCAAUGCAAAAGAAAAUGGAGUGGGGUGGGUGGGUGUAUUCUUCAUAUCUGAAUGUGUUUCAAAACCAAAGACUCGACUUUUGUAUCCAGUGCAUUCUUAGAUGUCAUUGGAAGAGUGACUUACCUGUCAGUCCAAUGACAUCCAGCUGGGAUGACUAUUAUGAUGUCUUCACUGCUAAAAGGAAAUUCCCAAUAUAUCUUGUACUACCUUUACCAGUGUUUGUUAGCAAUGCAUGUAUCCUUAGGAAAGUUUACAACCGGUAGCAAAUGUUUUAAAAUGUCAUGGAUACUAAUGUGAGUUAUUUGCCUUCUUUGUUCUGGUGAAGUUAGAGGUCCAUCUUUAAAAUAUAAAAAUCUCUUUUUUGUAAAACUGACAUAUUUAUUAUGUAUAUUGUUUCUUCAUUAGGGUUUGCCUCUCUGCUUGAGAGUGAAGGAAGACAGUUUCUGCAUUCCUACAUCAUAUGAUGUUAUGGAGAAUCAAGGUUUUAUAGUUCUUUGGAAUAAUUAUUAUUAUUUCAAGGAAAGUUAACAUGUCCUUUACGCAUUAAAUGAUCCUAACAUAGAAAGUGAUCCUACAAAGUGUUGGACACCUCAGUUUUACACAUCCAAAGACAAGGAGCUGAGGCCUCACAGCACCCACUCUGGAUAUAAUUUUUCUGUUAUUAUUUUAGUUUUCAGCAUUGAAGGAAGAACAAAGUUAUUCUGACUUUUGUAUUCAGGGACUAAAUUAUCUAGCUCCAAGAUAUUUUGUUUAUGCACCAAUGUUGAGUCAUUUUAUGAAUAAAAUAUUUUUUCUAAAUUAGUUUACCAUUUGUUGUGCUUAAUUUCUGUGACAGUUUCAGCUUCCCAUGAUGCCUUGAGAAGGCUGACCUAGAACACAGGCUAGACAGAGUUAAAGAAUAAAGUAGGUAUUUAUUAAAAGGCUUUAAUGGAUACACCUUGGGCAGUACAAGAGCCUGGCUAGGGCAACACCCAUGAUGAAUCCAAAAUGGUCACCGGUCCAAAAAAAAUGGACAACCAGUCACAGGGUCUCACACUUUUAUAAGUUUUGGUCCAUUUGCGUAUUGGGGUUAAUUGUCCAAUUACACCUUCAGAUUAUAAAGUCCCAUCCUUCUUGUUUUCUCUCUUCAGUCCACCGUUGCUUAUGCUCUCGGGCCUGAAACUUGUAUAGGUUGUCCUUGGUCUCAAGCUAGAAAAGGAAUUGUUUUGUCCGCCUACUCUGUGAAGAGAGCUUACUAACACUUAAUAUGAAGCUCAGAAUUACACACCUAGGCAGCACAGAGACUGAAAAAUAUGAACACUAAAACUUAAGGCAUCAUUUCUCUCCUUUAGAGGCUUGACAAAGCCUUUACUUUGUCGAGUCUCUAUUUUAAAUAUCUACUAAUAAUGGGUACUUAGUAACAGAUAAGUAACAAUAGUAAACAACUAACAAUAACAAACAUCUAAAAUAAUAAAUAUCUAACAACAGAUAAAUACCUAAGUAUCUAAGUAUGCCUGAGCAAUUUGCGAAGGAAAUAAUUCAUACCACACCAAAAUAUUCCAUCUUUAAAAUAUUUUUCAGCCUAUGGUGCUGUGGUUUGUGGCUCCAGUGGUGGCUCCAACAUCAAUAUUUUGACAAUAGCUGAACUUUCUUUUAUUUCACACCCUGCACCCACUUUCUCCAGUAAAGAGGGGCAAGAAGUUAGAGGGGGGACACAGCAGGGACAGCUGAUCUUAAUUGUCCAAGGAAUAUCCUGUACCAUACAGCAUCAAACACAGCAGUGAAAGUGGUGGUAGAAGAAGAAAGGGGAUAGAGGGGUGUUUUCCAAGUUUUUGGUUGCCCAGAGAAUACCUAAGCAUUGGUCUGCUUGUGAUGAGUUACUGCCUUUGCGUUACUUUAUUCCAUUUUUGUUUGAUCUUUUUUUUUUCCUCUUUAUUUAUUAAACUUUCAACUCACAGAUUUUCUUGCUUUUUUCUUCCUGUUCUCUGCCCCAUCAUGCUGGUAAAGGAAUGAGGGCAUGAGUGAGUAGCCAGAUGGGUGCUUGCUUACCUGCUGGCCAGGGUUGACCCACCACAAUUACAAGUAAAGUUGUGAAAUCCCCAAAAUGAAAAGAAUAAAUCUCUCUGUUCAAGCUGCCCUCCAUUUGGGGAUAUUUUCCUUCUCCAUCUUCUCAAUGGUCAUAGUUGCCUGUGUCUGUACCAGCAGCAGGGCAAUUUGACACAUUUAGUGUCAUUUUUUCCUUUCUUUGAUUCUAGCUCUGAGACCUCUACUGAUGUUUAACUACUGAAAUUACUGGAAAAUAUCAGACCACAUAUGAUAAUAUAUAAUUGCCUCUGAUGUCUUUCCAUUUGAAAAUAGAUUAAUUUGGCCAUGUUCAGAAAAUAAAUGCUCAUGUGCCCUCCCAGGUACCAGGCAGUAUGUUAUUCAGAACUCCUGUUUCUGAACACAACUUUAUUGGGUCUUUUUUCUCCCCUCCUAUUUUUUAUGUCACAUUUCCUACUGAGCCAGUAGUGGAUUUGAGGUUUGACAAGUUCAUUUGACACUUUCUUGAAAUAUCUCUGCUUUAUAAAAGCAAAACUUGGCCUUUGUUAUCUUUGCAGUGAACCAUGGGCUCUUGUAAAAAAUGGACUUAGGUCCAGGAAGACAAUGUUGAGUUCCCCUCACAACUUCUUCCUUGACCCUUUGUCGUGGUUUGAGAGGAAAUGAGUUUUUGGGAGGUGGUAGUGGUCAAACCAAUAGGUGCCCAGAUGUGGAUAUUGGC